AGUGUCUCUCACCUCUUUUCUCUCUCUCGCCAGCUUCGUGGGAGCGUCACGCCUCUUCAUGAAAGAAUCGCAGACACUUGCUCCAUCACCCGGGAAGACGACUGAAUAAUUCACGGCACAAUCUCGUCGGGAUUUUUUUUUUUUUGUUGCUUCUUUUUUCUUUUUUCCCUCCAUAUACCUUCCCGGUGGAUUUAUCCAGUUUUUUUUUUUUUUGUUUUUUUUUUUUGGUGUGAAGAAGCUGCGCACGCAUCUCCAAUAUCAUCUGUUGCUCACCGGCAGGAGAAGGAGGAGGAACCCGGAAUCCGGCGAUGAAGACGCGGAUAAGGAGAGGAUAAAAUAUGGACAAAAAGGUGCUUUUACUUUUAUUGCUGCUGCUGUCCUUACACGCCACGAUGCUCCGACUUCAAGUUGAAUAAUACUACCGAGUCGCCCCGAGAAGACACGCACCGUGGAUGUAUCCCCCGCCCCAGCUGUGAUCUCACUUCCCGCUCAAAUGUUGAUGAUGGAGGACGACGAGCUGGACGCUCAUCAGGUUGAUCCGGAUUUCGAGCCGCAAAGCCGGCCUCGCUCCUGCACCUGGCCGGACUUCCCCUCCGCCGCCGCGCAUGAGGCGAGCGGCGGGGGGCUGCCGCUCGCCGGCAUCAAGGUGGAGCCGGAGGACGUGCCGGCGUGCCGCGCCGCGCUCACCGGCGAGCUCAAGCACCCGGCCGGCGCCCCGGCGCCCACCCCGCACCCCUGCCUCGACGUCAGCGGACCGCUGCGCAAAGCCAAGUCGUCGCGGCGGAACGCGUGGGGGAACCAGUCCUACGCGGACCUCAUCACCCGCGCCAUCGAGAGCACGCCGGAGAAGCGGCUGACGCUGUCGCAGAUCUACGACUGGAUGGUCCGCUACGUGCCCUAUUUCAAGGAUAAAGGCGACAGCAACAGCUCGGCCGGAUGGAAGAAUUCCAUCCGACAUAACCUCUCCCUCCACACGCGCUUCAUCCGUGUUCAAAAUGAGGGCACUGGAAAGAGCUCCUGGUGGAUGCUUAACCCUGACGGAGGGAAGAUGGGCAAGGCCCCGCGGCGGCGAGCCGUUUCCAUGGACAACAACACCAAGUAUCUUAAGAGCAAAGGUCGCAUUCGGGGCAAAAGGGUCGGACGCCCUGGAAUUGGAGCGGCGUCUGCCGUCGUCGGGCUUCAGGGCUCCCCUGAUCACGGCAGCCCACCGCAUAAAGGUCUCCCCGGAUCUGGAGGGGCGUCCAGGACGGAUGGGGAGUUCGACGCCUGGACAGAUCUCCACUCCAGGGCAAGCUCGUCGGCCUCAACUCUGAGCGGCCGCUUGUCGCCCAUCCUUGCUGAGGGGGAACCGGAGGAACCGGAGGAGGGAGACCUGUCCUGUUCCACCUCCCCACACCUCUACCCCUCCCCGACCGCCUGCUCUCCGUCCAUGGGGACGGGCAACCGCUGUCCUCCCCUUGAGCAAUUGCCUCAGCUGGCCAACCUGACAGGUGCCAUCUGUCUUGAUGAGCAGCUGAUGGAGGACGGCUAUCAUCACCAUCAUUCACAGCAGCAGCAACACCAACAGCAUCCCUCUGUUGGCAGACAUAAGCACCAGACCUCAGUCUACCACUACAGCUCUGGAGUGAAGGGCCAGGGUUCUUAUGGAGCAGGGGGGUAUGGUGCGACGGGCAUGGGCAUGAUGCGCCACCACUCACCCAUGCAAACCAUCCAGGAGAACAAGCCAGCCAGGUUUUCGGGAACAAUGCGGACAUACUCCAGCAGCAACGCUCUGCAGAGUCUGCUAACGGGGGUUUCAGCCGGGCAGCCGUACUGCUCCAAGGACAUGAUGCUGGUCCCCAAAAGAGAAGGCCAUCACAUGAUGGCUUGUAACGGCUCCAACCCUCACGGCCACCUUGCCGGUCACCACAAUGGACAUCAGAGUCACAACAGAACUCACAGCCAUACUCCGUCACACAAUCACAACUCAUCUCACAGCCUCAGUCACAACAGCGUCAGUCAUAACCACACCCCGCCCCGAGUGCUGCCCCUCAAUCCAUGCGGCAACCAGCUGCAGACUUACAAUCACAAAUCGCCCUACCUUUACAGUCCACCGUCGCACGCCCACCUCCCGGCGUCAACCACCCUGCCCCCGAACCCAGCGGGGAUGCUCGGCAUGCCCCAGGACUCUUGCCAUUUGGCCACCGCCCCUCAUCCACACCCUCGCCACAACCAUUACCCUGAGCCGCAACACCAAGCCAUGGCUAACGGACCCUUCCACCUGGGCCAGGGCAUGGGGGGCAGUAACGGCAAUGGGAGUUACCACCACGGCUACCACCAACCCCACCCGCACGAGAGACUACCCGCCGAUCUGGACAUCGACAUGUUCCAGGGCAGCCUGGACUGCGACGUAGAGUCCAUCCUCCUCCACGACAUCAUGGACUCUGGGGAGGAGAUGGACUUCAACUUUGACUGCUCCCUCGCUCAGGGGGUGGGACUCGGAAUGGGAAUGGGGAUGGGUGUGACCAUGGGCAUGGGGAUGGGAAUGAGCGGACUCGCCGGUCCACAGCAAACCCACAGCAACCAGAGCUGGGUCCCUGGCUGAAAUGCGGUAGGACCCACAAAAUGAAGCACUGUGUUCAACUGUGACAUUCCUUACUUGACACAGAGACUAUAGGACCAUGUCUUUCUUUGUUGUCUGUCACCACUUCCUCCUUUUUUUGGCCCCUCCUCUCCCUGUGAGAUCUAGCUCAUGUCCCGUUAAGUAUUUCCUCAUAUCAGCUCUACUGUGAUGACAAUCUCUCAGCAUCAUUGCUUCUCAUCUGCCAUGAGAGCUGAACUCUCAGUGCACUUUAUUGCAAGUGGGUCUUUAUCCGGCAGAACCGUUGGCGGGGCGGGGGUGUGGGCUGCAACACUUUGGGCACGAACAAACGCAGUCGGAAUCUAAAAACUCCGUUUCCAUAUGAGUUGGGAAAUUGUGUUAGAUGUAAAUAUGAACGGAAUACAAUGAUAAUUUUCAACCCAUAUUCAGUUGAAUAUGUGCAAAUAAUCAUUAACUUUAGAAUUUGAUGGCAGCAACACGUGACAAAGAAGUUGGGAAAGGUGGCAAAAAAUACUGAUAAAGUUGAGGAAUGCUCAUCAAACACUUAUUUGGAACAUCCCACAGGUGAGCAGGCUAAUUGGGAACAGGUGGGUGCCAUGAUUGGGUAUAAAAGUAGAUUCCAUGAAAUGCUCAGUCAUUCACAAACAAGGAUGGGGGCGAGUGUCACCACUUUGUCAACAAAUGCGUG